CGCUGUCAUAUAUGGGCUGUCGUCAUGAUACUGCGUCGCUGUCGACUUGUCAUGCAUCAUUCUCCAGCGUCAAGAGACUUGUUCUCGUCACCAGCCACGUCCGUCGGUGAUCCUAGUUGUAGUAGGAGAUUUGGCAGGGUCUAGCCUUUCGAAGAUCUCGUCUUUCGAACUCCGAGCCUCAUGUAAGUACUUAUCGAUAUGAUCCUCACUGUUACGUUCAAGGUCACUUGAUCUUUGAACGCCACACGUUAUGGAUUACGACUCAGAUGCUGCGGCGUCGGAACAAGUCAAAGACGAUAAUGACGAGAUAGACGACCGAGAAGAAAUAGCGCCCAAAUAUUCAAAGGGCAAGAAGCUCAGCGUCAAGGAUACCAAGUUGGCCGCCACCCUGGCCCAGCAGUUCGGGGGGAUUCCCGGAGUACCGGUUGGGGCAAAAUGGGGGAGUCGCAAAGAUUGUUCUGAAGCUAGUGUGCAUCGCCCACCCAUGGCUGGUAUACAUGGCACUCAAAGAACCGGCGCCUUUUCUAUUGUUGUUUCGUGUCACUACAGAGAUGACAAAGAUUACGGCGACACGAUCUACUAUACAGGCACAGGGGGUCGCAAGCGGUGGACUGAUACCAUUCCUCCAAAGCGUAUCCGUUUAGGUCCGCAGGUUUUCGACCAACUGUGGACGGAUCAAGGAAACGAAGCACUUGUCACAUCGCGUGACACGGGCAACCCCGUACGCGUCGUCCGCAGCCACAAAGUGCUUUCCGAUUUUGCGCCUGCAGAAGGCUAUCGGUACGAUGGUCUGUACACUGUUGAAAGUGCAUGGAAAGAAAAGAACCCCCAAGGUCUUGAUAUCUGUCGUUAUAGGCUGGAGAGGGUUCCAGGUCAACCCCCACUGCCUCGUCGCUCGCUUGGAUAUACCGCUCGUCAGCCAUCUCCCGCCUCCGUAGCCACAUCAGACACCAUCGUCUCGCCCUCAGUCAUGUCCAUCAGCCGUAAGCGCAAAACCCGGUCAUUUGCACCCCAAGGUGAUCCACCGAUCUAUGCCGAUGUCGCGUCUAAGAAGUACAAACUCGCCAACCGACCGCCGCCCCAGCCAUUCUCGUCUUCAUCAUCUUCAUCUGCCGCGCAGCCACAUGUUUUAGCGUCGGUUCUGGUGACUAUUCAAAGUCAAACCCCGCUGCAAAGAUACAACCAGCGGGUGCAAACAGAGAUGCAGCAACAUUUUUCUGGAACUUCCGUGAAGAGGACGCCUGCGAAAAGGCAACCGUGGGGCACCCUUUUAAGAUCUAGCAUGUUGUCUGGCCCAUCCCAGGCCAAUAGCACCCCAGCGAGGCCCAUGCUGAGGAUCUCCUAUCAUGAGGACGACGAAGAUGCGGAUGAUGAAGUUGUGGACGACGAAGAUGCGGGCAUGUUACACGACGAUGAAGACAUGACACUUGAAGAUCUCGAAACUAUGCCUUCCCCAUUCUCAUCUUUCUUGUCCCCCUCGCCCUUCUCAGAGAGUCCAUCACAGCUGUAAAACAAUUCACUACAUCCCGGCUCUUCCGCUUUUCUUGCUUUCACGACCUGAAUCCACGCCAACUCUCGAUUUCAUCCUUCUCAUUCACGCCACUCUCGAUUCCAUCCUUCUCAUUUCAUUUCAGGAUGUACAAUACCCA